ACACAGACAACACUUCAUGGGAUGAAGAUACAAUUUUUGUAGAAUCAAAUGAAGAAGAUGAAUUUCUUAAACCACCGCUUUGGUAGUUGAUGCCCUAGAUAAAUUCUAUGGGAAACAAAUCAAUGAUAAUGUUGGAUAAAGUGGAAUUAGAGAAAGUGCCAGACAGCAUUGGGAUGACUGCGCAGGCAUUAAACAGUGGUGGCUUAAAUUCAAAUUCUUCAUCAAGAGCUACACGGUCUGAGGAGAAUGAGUUGAUGGGGAUGGGAGAGGUGGCGACAAUGAAGUGGAGGAGAAAGGGUGCGUUUGGGAUUGUUGUGAAGUGUUGUGGCCGUAGCUAUGGUUGUGGCUGUGGUGAACUGUGCUAUGUUGUAGCCAUGGCUGAAAAGAGCCGGCUCUUGAAAGCUGCAGCCGGCUCUGGUGAAAUGGAAGUGCAGAGAGCCGGCUCUGAAAGCUGCAGCCAGCUCUAUGGUCGGAAUACCAAAGCUGGCUCUAGGCUUUGUAGCCGGCUGCGGAGGAAAACAGAAUGUGCAAGAAACCCGCAAAGCCGGCUGCAGAAAUGGGCAUUUAAUGACCCCCAACGGCUUGAAAUGGCUAUUUUCGAGCAAGGGGCUAUAAAUAUAGUUGUGAGUGAUCUUGGGGGUGUGUUGAUUCCUUCAAGAGUGAUCUGUAGAGAGGAUCUUUGGGGUUUAACUGCAAUACUCAAUGCACAUGAUAUGUGGGAAAUGUUUGAGAAUGGAUAUGAUGCUUCUCAAGACAUAAGUGCUCUUACACAAGCACAAAAAGAUCAAUUUAAUAGCAUCAAGAAAAAGGAUCAGAAGGCUGUCUCUCUUAUUCACCAUGCAUUGGAUGAGGUUACCUUUGAGAAGGUUUCUAAUGCCACCACAGCAAAGCAAUUGUGGGAGAUGCUUCAAGUUACCUAUAAAGGAAAAGACAAGGCAAAGAAAGUUCAUCUCCAAAGUUUGAGAGGUGAAUUUGAAGCUAUUCAAAUGAAGGAGAUAGAAAAGGUGUCAAAUUAUAUCUCAAGGGUCAUGGGGAUUGCCAACCAGAUGAGAAGGCUUGAUGAAGAGGUGACUGAUUUAAGGAUUAUUGAAAAAAUUCUUAGAUCAGUUACAGAGAAAUUUGAUUAUGUGGUGACGGCCGUUGAAGAAUCAAAAAGACUGGGAGACAUGACUAUUGAGGAAGCAUGUGAGGAGAAGCUCAAUAUGAGAAAGAAAGAGCUUGUGGAUUCACCUCUUCGAGAGGCCAUGGCAGAGGAGGAUGAAGGCAUAUCAAAAGAGAAAGAGAUGAAGAAUGAAGAAAAGCACUCUUGGUACCUUGAUACUAGAGCAAGCAAUCACAUGUGUGGAAACAAAGAAUUAUUUGUGAAGCUUGAUGAGAAAGUUGGCAGCAACAUCACCUUUGGAGACUCCUCCAAAAUGCCAAUAAGGGAAGAAGAUGAAGAAGAAAGGGAAGAAAUCAUUACUCCCUUAGCAUCAUUGUCUCGUGGUGAAAUUUCAUCUUCGAAAGGAAGCUCAAAUACUGAGCCUAUCGACUUCAAUGAAGAUGCCAAAGAUGAAAAGUGGAGAAAAGCUAUGGACACGGAGAUGAAUGGUGAAGAGAACAAGGUGCUUAAAUUAAAGAAAGCUCUCUAUGGCUUGAAACAAGCUCCAAGAGCUCGAAAUUGUAGAAUUGACAAAUACUUUCAAGGGAAUGGCUUUGUCAAGUGCCCUUAUGAAUAUACCCUCUACAUGAGGCUAAUUCUCGGACAUCUCCAAUCGUUCCCUUAUUUUCUCAAAUGGUCCAUUGUUAUCACGAUGAGAGAAGCAUCAAACCCAAAAGAAUAUCUGGCGAAAGCAUCAAACCUAGAAGCAGAUCUGGCGGAAUCAUCAGACCCAGAAGCAGAUAUGACGAAAGCAAGGGACAUGGCGUUGCAGGGUGGUGGUGGUGAAAGUAGAUCUGUUGGAGGUGGGUUUGAAGGAACCCAGGCUGCUGAAGUUGUACAAUGCGUUCUUCAAGUUCCUAUUGAAGCAUUGUUUGUAGAACCAGAUCCAAAAGCCGACGGACGAGACCGCCAACCCUUUCAGUGUCACAACCAGACCCAAAGAAUCUUCCUACUUAAAUCUGCUUUAUCUCCACCAGAGCUACCUAAGCCAAAAUCUAGAUACAUAUCCUUUCAGUUUGAUAACAACUAUUUGAAUUUGAGAAGAAAUAGUUACCGGCCUCAAAAUUUGGGUGUCACAAGAGAAGAAGUGAGCAUGGUGAAUAGCAAGGGCUGGGCUGGGUAACUUCAGAGUUAACGGAAAGUAAUGAGGGUCUAAUGAAGUGGGUAACGGGAGGGGGUGGAUGUAUUAGCGUCCUUUUUAGUAAUGUAUCUAACAGAAUGGGAUUCAUGUAUACCAGUUAAUUUGGGGGGAAGAACCAGUGUUCAUGAUUUACCUAUAAAGAAUUAUGUAAGUU